GAAGGGGGGCGUUUAAUUUGAACCUAUCUAGAUCUAUUUUGGUGAAUCUACUAAAUCUACAUCUAUAAUUUACUCGAUCUAGAGCUACAUUCGCGUUAAAAAAAUGGUAUGUGGUCAAUGGUAGCUACUGAAUAUGUUUCAAAUUGAAUUGGAAUGGAAAUAAAAAAAAAAAAAUAAAAUCUCGAAUUUGUUACUAUAUUUAGGGCUAUUUUAUUUCCAAAAAAAAAUCCGUUUAAGGGAGAACGGUUAGCGUAUAAACUUGGAGGGAAGUUGCCAAGCGUUAGGUCCAUAGGUGUGCGCGAGUAGCAGUAAGCGAUGCGUGGCUUAGGUUGGCUGUAUAUCAACUGUAAAAAGCACGUAUACUCAGUGUCAAAAGAAAUAACCCUUGUAACAGAUAUCGCGAAAUGUCAUGAGCCUUAAUAGCGUGAUUUGGAGAUUAUGAGUUUUAAUGCGUAUUUCGCUAACCCUAAUACCAUUCUGUGGCUGUUAUAGAGAUUCGUGGUCGGUAUUAAGUUAACAUUCGUAUCAUGAUUUUUGUGUGUGUGUAACAAUCAAGAAGGUAAAUAUAUAACAUUGACACCUUGACGUUGUGAGAUUUAGACUCAAGUGCUGUUUAUUUCCUUUGAGGUCCAGUCAUGAUCAGUUCAACCACUAAGUCUUUGGUCAUUAUCGGCCUGUUGCUUGUCGUGGCGGUAGUUCUGCUGACCAUACAGUUUCAUCCCACUGUCAUAACUUUGAUCACCGGAGAUCAGGGCAGGUCAGAAGAUGUCAAGAUCUCCUCAGUUGAUGUGUUUCGAAUAUCUGACAGUGGCAAAAUUGAAGCUAUGGGCAAAGGCCCGUUAAGUCUAUUGCGCCAAAAGGGCUUUGUCACUAGUCUAGCCAACAUAGACUUGGAUCAGUUGAGCGAUGAGGAGCUUCUUAUGACUAUGCAUAGCAACGUAGACAACACGAAUGUAUUAUGUAGAAGAAAAAUACGCCUGGGCAAGAUCGGAGACGGCGGAUGGGAAAUUUGCGACGACCCUGACGUCCGACCAAGUGACCCCUGCAUCAUCUACUCCUUCGGCAUCAAUUACGACUUCUCCUUCGACGACGACGCUGCUAAGGUGUACGGCUGUCACGUGUACUCAUUUGACCCCAGCAUGAGCAAAGAGAAGGAUCAGUACGACAGAUCCCCAAACGUUCAUUUUUAUAAAAUUGGACUUGACGGAAAAACAUACGUCAACGACAAAAAGUGGCCUCUGUUCACCUUCAAGGACAUUUGCGCCAAAUUGAAACAUGAAAACAGUAGCCUCGAUGUGGUCAAAAUGGACAUCGAACACUCCGAAUGGUCGGCACUGCCGCAAAUUGCCGCAUCCGGUCAGCUGGCAGACGUGAAGCAGCUUCUGCUUGAGUACCACAUCAAUCAACAGUCCAGAGAUUACAUUUUGCCGAGACUCAAAGCUCUGCAGCAAGUGGAGAGAGCUGGCUUCCGGAAAUUUUACGUCCACAAAAAUCCCGCUUGCAAGGUCAACGUAAGAGGGAUUCCCGUGGUGCGCACUGCAUGCUAUGAAGUUCAUUACAUGAGGCGAUGAGCCUAGAUCAUGUUUCUACAUUUCUUUAGAGCCUACUUACAAUGAAUGACGCCACGCACGGUAUUAUCUAGUGCGUACAUGAUAACCUUACCAGGACUAAGUUUCUAUGGUUAAGUCAAAGUUCAAAAUUUCUGACAGUUCGACAGUACUACCGAGGGCUUGAACUCAGAUCACCUUAACGACAGCCAAAAGUGCCUACACCAUAACCUGGAAGUUUUUUGGUUUUUUUUUUAUUUGUUGAUGUUUUUUAUUUAUUUAAUUAUUUAUGUCAUUAGACUCUCAUAGUUUUGUAUGAGAAUGUGAUUAGGUGUGUAUUUUAGCUGUUUGCUUUCUUUCUUAGCUACUAGACUUGUAAAUUUUUUAAAGCAAUUUUUAUGAACUUUUAUAUGCGAGCGUUUUAAUUUGUUAUCAAAAUCGUUAAAAAAAAAACGACAAAAAAAAAUAAAAAAAUAAAAAAAUAACCGUUGUUGUAUGUGUGAGUGUAAAUUUUUGUUGAUAGUAGUUCAUAGCUUCUGAUAUCCGUGCUACAAAUAUAGAAAUCUUCAUUUUUACCUGCUUUGCUUACUAAACAGCGGACACGUGCGCGGGCCCAGUAGGGGGCCGCCUCUGAGUUUGUGUGAAUCACACAACCUCUUUGUACAAUUUUUUUUCGGUGUUGGUUGCGGUAGAGGUCUCAUUACUCAGAUGCACACGAUUUACUUUCAAAAGUUUUCUGUUGUGAGUAAAGGACAGAAAAAAAAAAACCAGGAAAAUUCAAUGUAUGAUAUAUUUUCUUCUCCUUUAAGACUUACUUGGACUUUAAGCGUUCUUCUUCGUUCAACGUACUGGGCGGCAAGAUGUACCCAGAGAAAUCAAUCUUCAGCAAUGUUUGCAGCCUCUAACUUAUUGAUGUCCGCUGCUUUUUUUUAAACAAAGGCUAUCAACUCACUCUGUCUGUCUGUUGGUCUGUCUGUCUAGUAAAAAGUUUGUACACCUUAUAUCUUUUACCUAACAAGACAAGAAUCAAUAAUAAAAAAAAGCAAUUAAUUAAGUUUUUGUACCUUAAUUAUUUUGCUUGGUAUCUCGAACAAGGGAAAGAAAUGUACUUGACUGAAAUGGUGGUAUAAGCUGAAUUAGUCCCCUUUAUAGGUCGCCGUCUGCGCUCUUCGCUAGCAGAGUGGUUACCGUAUUGGCUUCAGAAGCCUGAGAAGGCUUUAGCCCACGAAUUGGAAUCCAGGUCAGUCACUUUUUUUUUUAUUUUAUACAUUUCAACAUUUAUACAUUUUUUUCGUUCUCCCUCACCCCUUUCCAACUGGUCCAGACAAGUGAUAGGAUCAUAGUGUAGUGAGAAAGUGUAGUGAGAAAGUGUAGUGAGAAAGCUAAAAGCAUGAAAUUGCGCAAAACAAAAACAUUUGGUUGUAUAUUACCGGAUAUUACCUGUCACCCGCGGCCAAAACUCGCUCUUAAGAUAGAAUGACUGUGACAAAUGAAAUGAAUCUAUUUGACUUACCAUGUUUUUGUAUGUGUUUUAUUUUCCAAUUUUGCUUUCUAUUAUUUUGUUUUUAUAACUGAAAAGUCAUUGUAAGUUUUUGAAUUGUUGUGUGUUACGCAGUAGUAAAUAUUUUAAUACAUGUAUAUCUUUUUUUAUGAUAGGUAUGUACAUUUAAGAAUUAAUUAUUUGGGUAUUAAAAAAUCGGUGCUGAAAAGUU